GACCACACGAGGAACAUGGCCCAACCACAGCAAAAGUGGGUCAGGCUCGAACUUUUUGGCGACUUCGUCCUCGAUCACGCUUCUCUUCCAGACGACCACACACCGAAUCCUUUCCAGGUCGAGGUAAACGGAGCUGCCAUAACUGCCAGGAUGCCGCCCAGAAUACCGCGUCCCUCAAGGAGGACCCUCCUCCCUCUUACGAAAACAUCAAGCUCAUCCCCAUUACCAGCAGCUAUCCGCUUCACGGCAGCAACAGCAGCUCGCUCCCUCACGACGACGUCCUCUCCCCAGUAUGCGGUCGCGGCCGCGGCAAAACUCUCCGGACUAUAUCCAUCCCCCGACUACGUCCCGCCCACCAAGCCUCCUUCCGCCCGUCCCCCCGAGACGCGCAAGUCCCAGCUCAUCCGGACGUACACGUCGCUCCUCCGCUCCACGCCGCUCAUCCUCUUCUUCCAGCACAACAACCUGACGGCCAACGAAUGGGCCGCCAUCCGCCGCGAACUGCGCGCCGUCCUGCAAACCGUGCCGACGCCCGCCAGCAUGGCCGGCCAGCCCGACAUCGCCGAGGACAUCUACCUCUCCGUGUUCCGCACGCGCAUGUUCAACGUGGCUCUCAAGCUCGUGUCUUUCUUCGAUGGUGAAGCGGCAGCGGCAGCAGCAGCAGCUUCGUCGACCGCCGCCGCCGCCGCCGCCGUCUCGCGCGGGCCCCACGUCCACGACCUCUCCGACGCGGCCUACGAGGCCAUGAAGUCCCUGCAAGUGCCCCCCGACUCGGCCUUCGCCCAGCUCGAACCCCUCAUUGUCGGACCGCUCGCCGGGCUUGUCUUCCCCGCCGUGUCGCCUGCGCACCUUGCCGCUGCGCUGCGCGUGCUGGCGCCGGGGCCGCAGGGGUCGGCUUUCGCGCCGCUGCUGAGGAAGAAGAAUCCUGGGUACUACUCUGCGGAUUGCCAGAACGGGUUGGCGAAGCUGCUCCUGGUCGGCGGCCGCGUGGAGGGCGGGGUGUUUGAUGUGGAUGGCGUCCGGUGGGUGGGUGGUAUUGAGGGCGGUUUGGACGGGUUGCCGGCGCAGCUUGUUGGGUUGCUGCAGGGCGCUGGGCUGGGAUUGACGCAUACGCUCGAGGCUGGAGGCAAGAGUUUGUGCGACGUCGCGGCGACAAGAGCCAUGGACUUCGCGCCCUACCAAUCCUCUCCGCCCGAGCGCGAACGCGCCCUCUCCCCCCAGGCCUCCCCGCGCCCUUCGGCCGACUUCCGCCGUUCGUUUUCGCCUUCCGUCCACGCGAACCACAACCAGUACAACUACCAACAGAAUGCGUCCCCCCCGCCGCUGCAGCAUCCGCAGCCCCAGCGCAGCUGGCAGCCCAGCAUCCCUGGCGCCUACCCUUCCGCCGAUGCGCACAGGGAAGGGGUGAGCGAGUUCGAUACGAGUCUGGGCGUCCGUCUCGACUACGAGGCCUGCCUCGCAUACCUUGCCUUUCCUCCCUUGGGCGCCAUUUUCCUGUUGAUCAUGGAGCGGAAUAGUGAUUAUGUGAGAUUUCACGCGUGGCAGUCAAGUCUGCUCUUCACUGCCAUCUUAAUCAUCCACCUCAUAUUCUCGUGGUCCAGGUUCCUAAGCUGGUUCUUCUUCCUCGGUGAUCUGGUGAUCAUGGGGUAUUUGACCUUCAGGGCAUAUCAAGACGCAGAUACGUUAGACAGGUUCGAGGUUCCUAUUUUCGGCCGGAUAGCAAGCAAUUUCCUGGACGACGAGUAAAGAGCAUGUGGUGUGAGAAGUAGCAUGGGGUACGACACUUCACUUCUACGACGAGCUUAGAGAGUUUCUUGUGCGUGCAAUGGAGGAAGUAAUGGCAUUCAGUCCGGCGCUGGGCAUCUGUAAUAUCCUAUUGUGUGUAAUCAAGCUGCAUCCCGCCAUAACGGGGUCUUUGGAUGUGGAUAUGCCUGAUUUGGUCUUCACAUCUUUUUCAUUUCCCAAACUUCAACUAAACUCGUGCCAUGCCCUGGCUUUGCUCUCGCAUCAUCCCGCGAAACCGCGUACACAGGCG